UUUUGGCUGGUUGUGUACACAAGUUGAAGACAAAGAACAUGGCAAACACACUCAGCCAAGUUCCAACCUCAGUGUCAAACCCAGAGAAAUUCUAGCCCUGCAUCCCUCCUCUUAUUCCUCUUCAUUCCUCUCUCUCUCCAUAGACCAAAUCUCUCCAUUUUCAUAUCUCAAACCAUGCCACCAGUGAGACAUAGACAACUAUAGAAGAAGAAGAAGAAGAAGAAGAAGAAUAGAGAACAAGACUAGGAGUGGUUGUAUUCAGGCAACUUCUGGAGCUUUACCUUUGUUUUGUGCUUUUUGGUACUGAGGAGUAGAGUCUGAGUCUCUGGUAAAAGUGAUUGCUUUCCAGUUUUGGUGUUGGUGAUUGAAGUCAUGGGAAGAGAGCAUGGAGGAGGGUUGAAGAUCAAUCAAUUGGAUUCUAAGAGACUUACUUGGAUCCUUGGACUUAGUGGGCUAUGUGUUCUUUUCUAUGUUCUUGGAGCUUGGCAGAACCGAGCAGCCAUUCUCAAUAGCUCUUCCAAUUUAUCCAACAGCAAAGCUCAGUGUGGGAAUUCAUCAAACAACUUGAGCUCAAAAACUCUGGACUUUGAAGCUCACCAUGGAGUGGAAAUCAAUGAUACUUCGUCUUCUUUGCAGAAAUUCCCUGCUUGUCCUAUGAAUUUCAGUGAGUACACUCCUUGCCAGGACCUGAAGCGUGGCCGUCGUUUCGAAAGAACGAUGCUCGUGUACAGAGAAAGGCAUUGCCCGGAGAAGGAUGAGCUCAUAAGGUGUUUGAUACCUGCUCCACCAAAGUAUAAAACUCCCUUCAAGUGGCCUCAGAGCAGGGACUUUGCUUGGUAUGAUAACAUCCCUCACAAGGAACUCAGCAUUGAGAAAGCUGUUCAGAAUUGGAUUCAAGCGGAGGGUGAUCGAUUUCGGUUCCCCGGAGGUGGCACGAUGUUUCCCCGUGGCGCUGAUGCUUAUAUUGAUGAUAUUAAUGCUUUGAUACCUUUGGAAGAUGGGAGCAUUAGAACUGCAGUUGAUACUGGUUGUGGGGUUGCAAGUUGGGGUGCUUUUCUUCUUAAGAGGAAUAUCUUGACUAUGUCGUUUGCACCGAGGGAUACUCAUGAGGCACAGGUGCAGUUUGCAUUGGAGCGCGGUGUUCCGGCUAUGAUCGGUGUUAUAGGGUCACUACGAAUGCCAUAUCCUGCUAGAGCUUUUGAUAUGGCUCAUUGUUCUCGGUGCUUGAUUCCUUGGUUUAAAAAUGAUGGUCAGUACCUAAUUGAAGUGGAUAGAGUUCUAAGACCUGGAGGAUAUUGGAUUCUCUCGGGUCCUCCGAUCAAUUGGAAGACACACUAUCGAGGUUGGGCCAGAACACAGGAUGAUCUGAAACAAGAACAAGAUGCAAUUGAGAAGGUGGCGGAGCGCCUCUGCUGGAAGAAAGUUAUAGAGAAAAAUGAUCUUGCAAUUUGGCAGAAACCUCUCAACCACAUGGAGUGCAUUGAAAACCGAAAAAUCUAUAAAACGCCACAUAUUUGCAAGGAUGAAAAUGCCGACGCUGCCUGGUACAAGAAACUGGAGGUUUGCAUCACCCCAUUGCCUGAAGUGAGUAAUGCAGAAGAAGUUGCUGGCGGGCGAUUAGAGAAAUGGCCGGAGCGGGCAUUUGCUGUUCCCCCAAGAAUAAGCAGAGGUACUAUUGCCGGAAUAACGGCAGAAAAGUUCGAAGAGGACAAGAAGCUCUGGAAAGAACGAGUGACGCACUACAAGCACAUCAUUCCUCCACUGACUAAGGGUAGAUAUCGGAAUGUGAUGGACAUGAAUGCCAAGUUAGGUGGGUUUGCUGCAGCCAUGACAAAGUACCCGGUGUGGGUGAUGAAUGUUGUCCCUGCUAACUCAGAGAGCGAUACGCUCGGUGUAAUCUACGAAAGAGGAUUCAUCGGCACAUAUCAGGACUGGUGUGAAGCUUUUUCAACCUAUCCGAGAACUUAUGAUCUCAUCCAUGCAGAUGGUGUGUUCAGUAUCUAUCAGGACAGGUGUGACAUUACAUACAUUCUCCUGGAGAUGGAUAGGAUCUUAAGACCAGAAGGGACGGUGAUAUUCCGAGACACAGUGGAUGUUCUUGUGAAUAUUCAGAAGAUCGCACAGGGCAUGAGAUGGAAUUGUAGGAUCAUGGACCAUGAGAGCGGACCUUUCAAUCCCAAGAAAAUCCUUUUUGCCGUCAAGGACUACUGGACCGGCAAGCCGGCUGAACAGCAAUGACAGCAGUAACAUAUUAGUACAUGAUUUAUUAUCAGAGUAUCAUCAGUAAACUUAAUUGUAUUCAAAAUCACACAAUGUGUUUGCUUGGGUUAUCAGAUAAAUUAAAGCUCUAUGAAUAGAAGAAGGGAAAGGAUUUCAGUAUAUCAGUUGUGUUAAGUUGAUAAGUUGUUUUCCCAAGUUUAUGUUAUAUAAUAUAUAUACAUUUUGGUGAUAAUUUCAUCAAUGAUUGAGUUUGGUGGUCCUUUGAAUGCAGUG